AUGCCCGAGCAAAUGCAUGAGCACUACGACGGUCAAAUGCAAGACAAGCAGGAACAAGAAUCAACGUCCAUCAAUUCAAUUUCCGAACAGAGACAGAACCACUAUAGCGAGCUCUUGAGCUAUUUACACGCCAAAAACGCCCUGAACAAAGACCCCAACCAUUCCACGCCUGCAUCGUUCUCUCUCGCAUCCUCAGCAGGCCAUUCCGUCUCCUUCUUCUCCUACCGCUUCUCAUUGCCGACUUUGGGAUCUAGUACCGCGACUCCCCCCCGAUAUCCGCUUCCGGGAAUCUUUACGACGGUGAUCAUCCUACUGGUCAUGGUUUGGAUUGCCAUCUUUACGAUUGGAUUGGUCGAAUUGGGGAGUUAUCUCUGGGCACGGAGAGAGGCCCAAGUUGACGAUGAAGAAGAAGUUGAGCAUGGUGAGGAGGGAAGUGUGCGCUUGGAUGACUUGAAGUCAGUGCCAUUCACAGUUGUUGUUCCACCGGAGAGAAUCAGGUCCAGCUCAGAGAUAGAGCAUGAUGAUGAAUACCUAGUGUCCGUUUUUAGUGAUUCUGAUUUGAGUUCUGCUUCAGACUCCGAAGAGGGUCAUCAGCUUUCUUGA